AGCUAAACUAGAUUGGCGGGUCUCAGUAAGGCUGUCCUGGGUCCUGAGAGGCAUUUUCUCUUAAAGGAGCACUGCACAGUACUGCCUCUUUUCUCUCUUUUUUUUCUGAUAAGCCAACAGCAACUAUGAUGAUGCUAAACGUAGAAGAGCUGGUGACCGGGAAAAAGGUGGAGGGUAGAGAGAUGGGAGAUUUCCUCCCAGAGGACUUCAAAAAUGGAGAGUAUGAAGCUGCCGUUCGGUUAGAGAAACAAGAGGAUCUGAAGACACUCACUGAUCACUUAUUGACACGAUGCGAUUUGACCUACAAAGAAGAGAAAGAACUACAAGCUGAGCUCAAGAAAAAGAAACUUGAGGAGAGACCAAAACUUGAAAGCUUAGAAGAUCUUGAAAAAAUCAUUCAACUAAAGAAACGGAAAAAAUACAAGAAGGUUAAAGUGCCGGUUGUCAAGGAGCCUGAACCAGAAGUUAUUUUAGAACCUGUGGAUGUUCCGGCAUUUCUAAAGGCUGCCUUGGAGAACAAGAUGCCAGUGAUUGAAAAAUAUUUAGCAGACAAAGGGGAUCCCAAUGCUUGUGAUGAGUAUAAGCGCACAGCAUUGCACAGAGCAUGCUCAGAAGGACACCUGGCAAUUGUGGAAAAGUUAGUGGAAGCUGGAGCCCAACUUGAAUUCCAAGAUAUGCUUGAAUCAACAGCUAUUCACUGGACAUGUCGUGGAGGGAGUGUGGAAGUCCUGAAGUACCUACUAAACAAAGGAAUUAACAGAAAUGCCAGAGACAAGUUGCUCAGCAGUCCUCUGCACGUGGCUGUGAGAACAGGGCAGUAUGAAUGUGGAGAACACCUCAUUGCCUGCGAAGCAGAUCUCAAUGCCAAAGACAGAGAAGGAGAUACUCCUAUGCAUGAUGCAGUGAGGCUGAAUCGUUAUAAAAUGAUUAGACUCCUGAUUAUGUAUGGGGCCAACUUAAACAUAACGAAUGCUGAAGGGAAAACUCCAAUGGAUCUUGUUCUGCAGUGGCAAAAUGGUACCAAAGAAAUAUUCAACAGCCUGAAGGAGAAGUCUUAUAAGAGCUCCCCUAUAGAUACAUUCUGAACAUUAAGACUCAAACUUCAAACGGAUUGAUAGCUACCUUGUGCAUGGCACCGUUAGCAAUGUGAAGAGCACCAACACUAUAAAAAGUGCCACCUUCAAUGAAUGAAACAAGUGUAAGUUUUGCUGGAUUAUUUAAAGCUGCCUUUGUUAGUGCCACAUGGAGCAAGAGUGGAGACAACAUAUUUUCAAAGGCAUGAUUUGAGUAUUAAGAAUCCACUGAUUCAAGUUCCUAUAUUUAUAUUUUGUAUUCCAUUUCCCCCCUUUCUUGGAUAGUGUUUCUUUGGCUGUUAUUCUUUGUUGAUCUUUUCAAUAAGCCAUGUUUCCCCUGUUGUUAUAUAGAGAGCCUGAGUUACUGAUGUGCUAAUCUGAAUCAGCCAGGAGCAUUAAGCUCCUUUUGAUAUAAGACAACAGUGUUUCAGAGCAUAUUAGCAGCUUCCCAUCAAAGCUUCCUUUCAAAAGGGAGUAUCUGUAACUGUCACCCAGCUGAAUUGCCAUUGUCAGAGUAAGCAGUAAAAGAGCAGAGGUUGUAACACAGUGGUAAGGGAAGGGAAUGUUCAGUAAAAUUAAAAAGUGAUGGCUUUGCUCUUCUAAAAUUCAAUGGGAGUAGUGGCCAAGCUUUUAAUCAAGCAUGGUGGAACAGUUUGGGCUAGAGUUCAAAAUGGAAAGUUAUGCAGGUAAGAGGAUGAUAGUACAAAAAGAUGCACAAUAUAAAGGCAGUGUUAUUUUUGAAAGCUUGACCAGGGAAGGAAAGUGAUGUAUAUUUGUAUGGCUUUUUAUGUACAUUUUGUAUUAAAUCCUAUUUAAGAUUUAACAACAGAA